AUGCUGUUCAGAACGUCGCUUCUGUCGCUUCUUUCGCUUGCAGCUGGGGUCGUCAAUGCAGACUUUGGCAUAACGACCAACGAUGAUUCCUAUGUCAUAAACGCCAAUUCUCCCAACUCGCUGGUAUUUACUGUGGACCGCGGAAGCUGCGAUAUUACUUCCAUCGUGCAUUAUGGCACAGAGCUACAGUACUCCGGCAAGGGUAGCCAUAUUGGUUCUGGUCUUGGAACUGCCACAGUGUCUGCUACCAAGAGUGGUAAGUUGAACCUACCCGGGGUUAUGAAGUGA